AUGUCACCAACAAACCCAACCCCUUCUACCUCGGGCAUGCGUCCUAUGCCUAUAAUCCGCAGUAGGACCGGGUGCUUUACCUGUAGGAAGCGCAAAAAGAAGUGUGAUGAGAGCGGUUGCAAACGCAAUAAGCUCGACUGUAUCUGGCCAGAGCCUGCCCCUACAAGCAAUGCCAAGGUAUCAACAGCAACGAACAGUACUAGGGUAGCAAGACCUUCAUUCGGUGCUUCUUCAACUGGCUCUCAGACCAGUAUUGCUUCUUCAAUACGACACAGCCAGGACCCUGAUCAUGAACUUGAACAGCACGACCCGCACUCGGUCACUGACCCCGUACUACCGGACUCAAUCCCGGAGCAUGACCGAGUUCCCCAUAAUGGCGAUAGUUCUCCGGCCUAUGGAGAUACUCACAUGAUGGAUGCUGAUGUUGAGGGUGAUACUCAUAUCGAUGUCGAUGAUGAUCCUGUCGAGUCUGUUGUUGACGAUAACGCCCAGCACCAUCAUCAGCCUUCCCCCUCACCGUCAUCAUCCACAUCGUCAUCAGAUUCUCCAACUGCCAUACAAGCAACAUACGACCCAGAUACCGCCAACGCUCUCACUCUCGCUCUACAGCCAUCAUCAGAAUCAGGACUCCCACUCAAUGGAAAUAUCAUUAUGCCAAUGUCGAUGCUCCCAGAGCAGGGACAUCACUCAUAUGAACUACUCAGCUAUUACCUAGCCCGGACAGCCAACAGCAUGGGCAAUGGAUCCACCGAUGUGAAUCCCUUCAUCUCAAAACUCAUACCCCUGGCCUUCUCAAAACCUCUCGUGCUGCAACUCAUCCUCGCUCAAAGUGCUGCUCAUCGGCAAGCAUCAGCCGAGCGUCAUCCAAGUGAUGAGGUUGCUCAGAGGUAUUAUACCGACUCACUGCGGAUGUUUAGGAAUGUUGUCGACGAAUACGUUUCUGGCAACGCCGAAAAUACACUUGUCUUGACCGUUGGGAGUUUAAUAAUGUGUUUAACCGAGGUCGCUAAAGGCGAUAUUCACGGUACAAUAUUUGACCAUCUGACAGCAUCAAAGUCAUUAGUGAGCACGCUACUCACAGGCGCACAAAACCAUGUAUACGACGAUUUACCAGACUUUCUUAUCGAGUACUACAUGCACAUAGCAGCCACGAGUAUGAUCUCGAUUGAUCCGCAGUACAACUCUCAAUCACUACUCAGCCCAGACAUAGAAGUAAGGGCCAGGAACUUGGUUGGCCGCAAAUACGUCGGACAGCUAUGUGGAUGCUGGCUCGAAAUUCUCAUCCUAAUAUGUCAGAUCUUUCAUCUGGGACAGGUCAUGUCGUCUCCGACCGAAGACGGCGUCAUGUCACCAAGCCCCGACAACAUUGUCAACUUUGCUUUCCUGCAGUCCCAAGUCAUGGGCUUCUACCCAGACCCCUCCGUCACCCCGUACACGCGCCUCGCAGGCUUGGUAUGGAAACAAGCCGCGCUGUUAUACCUCUGGACAGUCCUUGGUAAACCACACCAGCAGCCCCAAGACAGCUUUCAACGCGCACUGAUCGAGUCCGCGGUUGCCGAAGCGGUCACUCUGCUGGAUCAAUUUCCCGCGACGGUCAGGAUAAACACAAGUCUUUGCUGGCCAUUAGCUGUUAUUGGGUGUAGCACAUCUGACCCGGCAGUACAGCAGGUCCUCAGGACGCGACUGCAGACAAUGCUGGAUACAAUCGGGCUUGGAAACAUGAGACAGACUUUGGUCCUGCUAGAGCAUAUUUGGGAGCUGCCGCCAGAGCAAGUUAGUCCUUGGAUAUUAUGCAGGGCGAUGCGCGAGCGUCAGAUCUGGAUCUCUUUUGCGUGA